AUGUCUUCCGUAAUGUCACACGGUCAAUUGCAAGUACCGCCAGGCCUCCCAUCAGCGCUUGAAUCCCUGGCGCGCGCUGUCUUAAAAGAACAGCCGGAUGAUCUGCCAAAGUUCGCCGCUGCCCACUUCCAAGCUCUCCUCAAACAGCGUGAAGCCUCUCAGAUCGACCCCUUCAGCAGCUCGGCCGCGAUCAACGAAGAAACCUUACCCCCGAAAUUUGAAAAGCCAUUGCCAGAAUCGCAGAGAGCUCAUUCCUCCUCAGAGCAAGACAUGGGCAGCGGAGCGUCAAAAUCCAAAUCACCAGUUCAACCGAGCGCUGCUUCGCCUGCUCCGGCCGAAAGCGUCACCGAAAGCCAAACGACGAACACAACUGAGGGGCCUGACACUGCGACGCAAGCUUCCGAUGAAGUAGCAGAUAUUGAUCUCAAUGAUCCAGCCACCGAAGACGCCGCCGUCAAGAUCCAAGCUGCAUUCAGAGGACACCAAGUCAGAAAAGACAUGAAUAGCGAAGAGACGUCUCCAGGGGACGAGAGCAAGGAUCAGCAAAUCGUUGAGGCCGUUCCAAACCAGGAAGAAAAUGUCGAAGAAAAGCCACAAGAAGAAGAAAUCGACAUCGAUCUAAACGACCCUAAAACAGAAGAAGCAGCAGUGAAAAUUCAAUCUGCGUUCAGGGGUCACCAAACGCGACAAGAACUCAAAGGUUCUAAAGACGAAGAUGAAGUUCCUUCCGAAGAAAAACCUACUGUCGAGUCGGAGAAAGCUGAGGCUGAUCAACAACCAGCAGAAGAAGAAAAACCUGCACCAGCGGAAGAAGAGAUUGAUAUUGACCUGAAUGACCCAGCCACCGAAGAAGCCGCCACCAAGAUUCAAGCUGCCUUCCGAGGUCAUCAAGUUCGAGCGGAGAUGGGCCAAAGCCAGGAAAAGAAGGAAGAGUCGGCCGAAUCUGUAAAGGAUGCCGUCGAAGCCUCCGACGAAAAGACAAAUGCUAAGGAGGAAGAGGAAGCUAAGCCAUCCGAGCCGAGCGCGGAACCAAGCGAAGAAGCAGUGUCAGAUUCAAAAGAAACAACUUCUGAAAAUGACGCUCCUACAGCUGUUUCUGCUACCGAAGAAAAGGAUGCAGCUGAUCUUGUUGAGGAAGUCAUUGAGCGGGUGACUACUCCCGCCCCAGCCACACCAACUCCUGAUGAAGAAUCGCAAGAAAAAAAAGACGCAAAAGAAGAGCUAGAAGCCGAACGAAAAGUUGCUACCCCUACCCCUGAAGAAAGUGCCCCAGCUGAAGAAGCCCAAGUUACUGAAAAGGAAGAGCAGAAGGAAGAAACUGAAACACCCACAAAGGAAACUCCCGUCGCAGAACCAGUCAAUGAAGAAUCUCCCGUUGCAGUAGUCGAAGAAGCAUCUAACAUUGCUGAAGAGAAAAAAGUUGCACCAGAAAAAACUGAAACUCCAGCACACAACACACAGGAAGAUUCUUCCACUUCUAAAUCUCCUGUCCCAGCAGAGACGGAACCUGCUGCAGAAGAACCAAAAAGUGAGGAAGCGAAGCCUGAUGAGCCCAAAUCUGAGGAAACAGAAAAAGAAGAAACUCCUGCUAAGUCACCAGAGCCCGCUGUAGUGAAAUCAGAGGAGCCAAAAGCGCCAGAAAAUGAGCCAACUGAAGAGUCAAAAUCAGAAGAGGUCCCCGACAAUGCUUCCAGUCCCGCAGAAGAGAAGCCAAAGUCACCUGAGCCAACAGAAGUCUCAUCAGAGAAAGAAAAUUAA